CAUAAUUCCAGUCCUUGUACCUCACCUUAUAUUUUGUGUGUGCUGGUACAUCUAUCCUAAGCGCGAUAUGCUUGUACGAAGGGCCUGUCCUGUCUCACCGACAAAACCUUUAUGGGCUUUGUUUGUUGACAAACAUGGUGAAUGAGCAAACUAGACAAGAGACCAAAAAGACCACGUUGUUUAGAUUUGUUUUAUCAAGUUCCCGUUCCUAAAUGUCUUCAUUUUCGCGUCUACGGAAGCAGUAUGCGUCCAUCCAAACGGAGCUCACAGAGCUCUCGGAAGAACCGCCCAUAACACCCUUGGCCGACAAAUUCGAAUAUGUUCGUCCUACCCUCCUCUCCUUCGAUGAGUUGCCAGAAUGGCAGAAAGACAGUCCAUUCAUUCGUUCUGGCUAUCGCCCAGAAUCAAACUCCGCUCAAGCAUGCUUCGCCAGCUGGCUGUACCUGCACAAUGAGAGUGUCAACAUUUACUCGCAUUUGAUCCCCGGGAUUUUCUUCCUGGCCGGCGAAGUCAUGAUUUACCAGUACUUUGAUGCCAGAUAUCCAGUGGCCACAGUUUCCGACCGUCUGAUAUUUGCCUUCUUUCUUCUCACGGCCGUAACGUGCCUGGGCUUGUCGGCAAUGUUCCAUACCUUUCUGAGCCACUCAGCCAUCAUGUCGCAUGUAUGGCUACAGCUUGAUUUUGUCGGGAUCAUUGUUUUGAUCCUUGGAGACUUUGUAUCUGCGAUAUACGUGGGUUUCUACUGUGAACCAGCUUUGCAAAAGACAUAUUUUACCAUGAUCAUCAGUCUUUGCUCUGCAUCAAUAUUCAUACUCCUAAACCCAAGGUUUCAGGGUGACCGUUGGCGUACAUUACGUGUCUGCACAUUUGUUUGUACCGGACUUUCCGGCUUCCUGCCUCUCGCCCACGGCAUCAAGAUCCUUGGCUUCUCCCAAAUGCUGAAGCAGUCAGGUAUGCCAUAUUACCUCGCUGAAGGAUUAUUGUUGAUAUUAGGCACGCUUUUCUACACUUUGCGGAUUCCGGAGUCCUUCAAGCCUGGCAGGUUUGAUAUAUUCGGAUGCUCACAUCAAAUUUUUCAUGUUCUGGUUGUCCUCGCAACUGUGGUUCAUCUGUUUGGUAUUCUCUCUGCGUUUGAUUACCACCAUCGAUAUGACGCUUGCGGGCUUUCAGGAUCCCAGUGGCCUUUGUAAGGAUACGUCGCCACGGUUUAUCUCAUCUCCAUGGUUAAAUAUGACGGCUAUGAUACAAUGAAAUGUAACUAUGGCAAGGGGUUCUAAUAUAUAGAUGGUUAGUUCACAUUAAUAAGACAG